AUGAGCCAGGGUAUCUGGGCAACUACGCCUAGCAACGAGAAGAAACUCAACAAGGCUUUUAAAGAUUGCCAGAAUGUGUACCUGGUCUUCUCGGUUCAAGGUAGUGGGCACUUCCAAGGGUAUGCUCGCAUGGCGUCCUCCAUCAGUAAGGACAAGGUUCCUGAGUUCAGUUCAGCCUCCCUGGGAGGGGCCUUCCAGAUAGAGUGGAUUAAAAGAAUGAGCAUCCCAUUCCAAGCUGCCCACCACCUCUUGAACCCAUGGAAUGAGAACAAGAAGGUCCAGAUCAGUAGGGAUGGUCAGGAGAUCGAGCCGCAGGUAGGCGAGCAGCUGCUGAAGGCGUGGGACCGUCCUGUCACCAUCCUGAACAGGAGUCCAGGCAGCAGUCGCCCCUCCUCACGACCUUCCUCAGGACCGCCCUCCAAAAACAUCCUCCCCACAGGGGUCGCCUAA